AGUGGGAGGACUAGAGCUUGAAAUGGAGACAUCGGGAUUUAGACAGGUGUGGAGACAAAGAGCAGAGGCAGGGUGGAACAGGCAGGCGGCGAGACUGGGAGACCCCUGGAGUCACAGACCAGACCACAGGCCGAGGACAAGAGACACAGACCAGGUUGCGGCGAGAGCCCGGUGGGGGAAUGGACAGAAAUAGGGAGUGGAGAGAGAGGUGCUGAGGCCGAGGCGGUCACGAGGCCAGGUGUGAAGACAGAGCUCGGGAUGCGCGGGAGAGACAGCAGGCCGGGAAGGAUGUGCGCCCCCACCCCACACCCCCUCCCAACCCCACCCCGGCGGUGGCACCAGGGAGCCCUCGGCCCUGGCGGGAGAGGGCGGGGAGCCCGAGUCACCGCCCGCAGGGCCAGAUGUGCAGGGAGGAGCCAGCCGAGGGCGCGUGCCCCGACGCGCGAGGCCGCCCUCUCCCCACUCUCGCUCUGCGCGGGGUCAGGGGCUGGGGUCCUGACCCGGCGAGGAGCGAGCCUGCGGCGCCUGGACUCUGCAUCUGUACGUCAGCCCCGCCUGUUAUCUUGCCAACAGCCCGUUGCCAGGGCAACCCUCGUAGCUCCCAGCCGGCCCGAACCUGCCGCCCGUCGCUCGGGGCAACCCAGGGCCCCGGUUCCCACGCCCGCCUUGGCCCAUUUCCGGUUCAGGCCUGCGGGGACGGGCACGGAAGGGAUAGAAGUCGGAGGGAUUCCUGCGGGGCCUUGGAGGGCGGGGGCGUCCCUGUGGGAUGGACCUAGGUUCUGGAACCCACUCCUGGCGCGCGUCCUCCAUCGCGGGGAGGCUGACACUACAACCCCCAGCAUGCCUCGCGGCUGCUGGUUGUGUCCUAUGUGGUCGGCCGCCCAGGGUGCCGAUGGGAAUUGGAGUUCUUCGUUGUUUGGAGGCUUCAGUGAACGCACGGGGUGGGCGUGGGGGCCUAGGGCUCUUGGGUGUCUCCGCAGAAAGGACCGCAAGACCCCGCCGUCAUGUUCUCGGAGCCUCCAACCCCAGGGCCUCCAGCGCCCGACACGCCUCCUGACUCGAGUCGCAUCGGCCCUGCCCCGGGUGCAGCCAGAAGUGGAGGAGCUGGAGCCAGCACCAUCUGGGCCAGGGUCACAGGUGGCUGAGAAGCAUGAGCUCGGACGACUGCAGUACUCACUGGAUUAUGAUUUCCAGAGCGGCCAGCUGCUGGUGGGCAUCGUGCAAGCUGAGGGAUUGGCAGCCUUGGACCUAGGGGGCUCCUCCGACCCCUACGUGCGGGUCUACCUGCUGCCAGACAAGCGGAGGCGGCAUGAGACCAAGGUGCAUCGGCAGACACUGAACCCACACUUUGGGGAGAACUUUGCCUUCAAGGUCCCCUACGUGGAACUGGGGGGCAGGGUACUGGUCAUGGCGGUGUACGACUUUGAUCGCUUCUCCCGCAACGAUGCCAUUGGGGAGGUGCGGGUCCCCAUGAGCUCCGUGGACCUGGGACGGCCAGUGCUGGCCUGGCGCGAGCUGCAGGCUGCUCCGCGGGAGGAGGAGAAACUCGGUGACAUCUGCUUCUCCCUCCGCUACGUCCCCACGGCCGGGAAGCUCACGGUCAUCGUCCUGGAGGCUAAGAACCUGAAGAAGAUGGACGUGGGAGGACUCUCAGAUCCGUACGUCAAGGUCCACCUGCUGCAGGGCGGCAAGAAGGUGCGGAAGAAGAAAACGACGAUCAAGAAGAACACUCUGAACCCCUAUUACAACGAGGCCUUCAGUUUCGAGGUGCCCUGUGACCAGGUGCAGAAGGUCCAGGUGGAGCUGACCGUGCUGGACUAUGACAAGCUGGGCAAGAAUGAGGCCAUUGGGAGGGUGGCUGUCGGGGGAGAGGUGGGGGGAGCUGGCCUGCGGCACUGGGCAGACAUGCUGGCCAACCCCCGGCGGCCCAUUGCCCAGUGGCACUCGCUGCGGCCCCCUGACCGAGUGAGGCCACUGCCUGCCCCCUGAUCCCCACCUCAAGCCCCUUGCCAAGACUGGACUCGGCCCCUGACCUCAGACUCCUGGCCAAAACCACACCCAGGCCCACCUUUAAGCUUUCUCUGACCCCUAACCACCCCCACCCCACCCCAACCCUUCCCAUUCCUGCCUUCCCAUCCCCCAUUAUGCCAAUCAUGGUGACUUGCCAGCUCUCCCACCAAGCACACACCCAGAAGCCCCAGGGACCCCUGGGGGAGGAGAGCAAUCUGGCCUCCCCCAAUCCCUGCUCCCACUCUCUGCUUUGACAAUCAGUGACCCUGCCUUCUUCCCCCUUCGCUCCCAGCACCCCUCUUCCUGCACAGGAUCACCUGCUCCUGUCCCUAGUCGGAAUCCUGCACUGCUCCUGGGACCAAAUAAAUACUCAGCAACUUUGGUGA